AUGCAGAAACUCAUACUCGUCAUCGGUGCCACUGGUGCGCAAGGCCUCGCGGUCAUCGACAAGCUCCUUGAGCCGUCGCAAGACGGCACACAGUCUCCAUACUCCGUGCGCGCACUUACGCGUAACCCCGACGGAGCCCGCGCAAAGGAACUCGCCGCAAGGGGUGUCGAUGUGGUCAAAGGUGCAUUCAACGACUUCCCUGUAGUUCUUGCCGCGCUGCAGGGAGUAUGGGGGGUUUGGAACAACACAGACGGCUUCACCGUCGGCGAAAUGAAGGAGCUCUACGCGGGCGUGCGCAUCUUCGAACUGGCCAAGCAAGUCGGCACCGUGCGCCACUACGUGUGGAGCAACCUGGACUACUCGUUGAAGAAGGGCGGGUGGAACCCGACGUACUGCGCCGACCACUACAACGGCAAGGGCCGCGUUGCAGACUGGAUGAAGGCCCAGCCGUCCAUCGUCAGCGACACCGACAUGUCCUGGGCGGUCGUCACCUCCGGGCCGUACAUGGAGAUGCUCCUCUUCUGGAUGUUUGGCCCGCUCGGCCAGCGCCCGGACGGCACGGCGGUCUUCGCCGCGCCCAUCGGCGACGGCCACGUGCCCAUGGUCGCGCUCGACGACCUCGGCUUCUUCGCGCGCUACGCGUUCGACCACCGCGCGGACGUCGCGGGGCGCGACCUCGAGGUCGCGUCCGCGCGCGUCGGCUGGGCGGAGCUCGCGGCGACGUACGCGCGCGUGACGGGGCGCCGCGCGGAGUACCUCCCGCUCUCGCUCGACGAGUGGCUCGGGCCGAUCGCGAACGAGCGCGGGCAGGGCGGGCGAGGCGGCGGCGGACGGGGCGACGUGGGAGCGCACGUUCCGCGGGUUCUGGGCGCAGUGGCGGGACGACGUCGUCGACCGCGACUGGGCGUGGCUGAAGGAGGCGAACCCGGCGGGCACACGCUCGAGAGCUGGAUGCGCGCGAAGGGCUACAAGGGCGUGGAAGGGGACACGGGGCGGACGACGGUGCUGAAGAAUGUGGAGGAGGGGAAGUCGGUGAGGCUUAACUUCCAGCGCGUGGAGGACCUCCUCGCGUCGAAGAAGCCGGUGUCCUAG